AUGAUUUCAAUCAAAGCGGCUGUCUUUUCUUGCUUGGCGCUCUCGCCCUUGGCCAUCAAUGCCGGUGCUUGUAAGCCGAGAUCAACCGACAUUACCACUAUCCUAUCCUCUGCGCUUCCCACUUCUGCGUCCGUUUCUCAGUCAUCCGACAUUACCACCGCAUUGUCAACCGAUGUCACAACUUUAUCCGACGCCGUUACAACAACCAUAUCAUCUUCUCCCGAGACCGUCUCCUCCGAAGCUCCAAGCGCAACCUCAUCCGCCCCAUGCCCAAAAUGGAAACAAAUCAACCCAGCCCCAAGCGGCAAAGUCUGCGGACUAUCAGUCUCGCGAGGAAAUGCGGCCAGCUCGCCCCUUUACAUCCAGUCCCCUCUGUCCACCACCGGGCUGACGGGCUGCGCUAAGUACUGCGGAGAUGAUGACGAGUGUGUUUCAUUCUACGCGGAGGAUUAUGUGCCUGGCCCUGGUGCGCCGACUUACAAGAUCUGCUUUACCUUCCGAGGUUAUGCGAAGGAUAUUCCAUUUGGCCCGGGCAAUGGCCAGCCGACUUAUUAUGAGCAGGGCUGUUUUGCUUGUGAUCGGACUGAACCCAGUGGAGUUUGA